AUGGCCAACUUCCACAACGUCUCCCCCUCUGCCUCUCAGUGCGGAAUCAAGAUGGAGACACUCACAGAAGCCCUGGGCCCCUUCUCAAAGGGCCUCCUGCUCUCAGCCACAAUCUUGGCCAUCUGGAUCCCCCAAGACUCCUGGGCAGUCCUCCACAUCCAGAAGAUUCCAGAGCAGCCUCAAAAGAACCAGGACCUCCUCUUGUCUGUCGAGGGCAUCCCAGAUACCUUCCAGGACCUAAACUGGUACCUGGGGGAGGAGAUCUCUGGCAGCACAAGACUCUUCUCCUACAUCCCUGGGCUGCAGCGGCCCCAGAGGGACGGCAACGCCAUGGGGCAGCGGGACAUCGUCGGCUUCCCCAACGGCUCCAUGCUGCUGCGCCGUGCCCAGCCCACGGACAGUGGCACAUACCAGGUGGCCAUCGCCAUGAACACCUCCUGGACCAUGAGGGCCAAGACUGAGGUCCAGGUGGCUGAGCAGCCUAAGGAGCUGCCUGUCACACACUGGCCCGCAAAUGCCGGGAUCAUGGCUGCCAUCAUCAUCGGAUCUCUAGCCAUGGGGACCCUCCUCGUCGGCAGCAUCACCUACCUCCUGGUGGCAAGAGGCUGGAGGGGCCAGAGCCACAGAGUGGCCGCUCCCAGAGGACAGGGGUCUCUGUCGGUCUUGUACCCAGCUGUGUCCCCAGCACCUACAAUGCCGCCUGGCGCGUGGCUGAUGAAGGCAGACAAGCCAGAGCUGGGCCCGAGUCAUUAUGCUGCUGAUGGUGACAUCUACGAGGUGAUGCCAUCCCCAGUCUUCGUGGGGUCCCCCCUCGGUGACAACCCGGCCAUGCCCCCGCCCCUGCCCCCACCCCUGCGGCCCAAGCCGGAGAACCAUCCCUACCAGCAAGAACUGCUAAACCCCGACCCUGCCCCUUACUGCCAGCUGGUGCCGACCCCCUGGCCGGGCCAGAGGGGAGAAGACAAAGCCCCCGGCCUCUCCUAG